AUGGGCCAGACUACCCACUCGAUUCCGGCACAAUCUGCCACUGGGAGCCGAGCCUACUCCUCCAUCCCGGAUGGCUCGCUUGUCUUCUUGACGAGCGGCGAUGGCAAUUUUGACGGCGCGUUUCCCCUCCGUAACCCAGCCGAGGUGCGAUUGAUGAAAUAUUACCUCGAACAUAUGUGUCACUGGUUCGAUCUAUGUGACAACCAAAAACAUUUCGCGCUCGAAGUUCCACGCCGGGCUAUUGCGUGCCCAACAUUGCUCAAUGCCAUUUUCGCCUUGUCUUCUCGCCAUCUAAGCAUGGGCGAACAGUUUGACCAAUAUGCUGCAGAUCGAUACCAACAAGAAUGCCUGAACCAGCUGUCGGCGAUAUAUAUGGACCCGUCCACGCUCUCAAAUGACGACCUGCUUGCGGCGACCAUCCUCCUACGGACGUUGGAGGAGAUAGACGUGCCAUUGAUAGGCGCAGACCACGAAUUGCAUCUCCACGGCAUCCAGCUUUUCAUGAGCAAUAUAACUUCGCCCUCCUCGCCAGAAACUUUGUCUUCUCUCGAGCUGGCCCCUGUCUCCAGCCUUCGGAGAGCCUGUUUCUGGAGUGGUCUUCGGCAAGAGAUCGUGGUGGGUUUCGCCGCACAGCGACCCGUCAAGCUCAACCUCGACCACGCUUGGGUCGAUCGUUCGCUCAACUCUCCUGCGACCGACGACGUGUGGGCGAACCGAAUCAUCAUCCACUGUGCAGAUGUGCUCCGAUACUGCUUUGGAGGCGAGGCGGCAAGCGGAGCGAUAGAUGAAUGGCGGAGGUUGCAGGAGUACGACGAGGCUUGGCUAAGGGCAAGGCCGUCAAGCUGGCUUCCAUUUGCGUACUCGGAGCCCGACAAGACCAAGGGUGAAGUGUUUCCCACAGUGCUCUAUCUCGGUAGUGCCGUUGUUAUCGGCAACGCACAUGCCAUCUUUGCAAGAGCAUUGUUGAUGUGUUACGAUCCGACCAUACCGAGGAUAGGGCCGGGGCAGAAGCUCGCUCAGCAGAAACUGGAUACAGAAAUACGUACACAGAUCCGAGAACUAUGCGCAACUGCCCUCACAAACCGAGCGACAGUCCCCGCAAUGUUCACAGCAAGCAUGGGUGUGACCAUGUGCGGAGACCGGUUCAGCGACGAUGGCGAGCGCGGUGGACUAUUGAAUGUCCUGGUCAAAACAGAAGCGGAGCACUUCUGGCCUACAGGGGGCGCGCAGGAUCAUCUGAAGAAAGCUUGGGGAUGGGCUGUCGAGUAG